AUGGCUGGAUAUCCUACUGCUUCCGUGGAGGGGGGAUAUUCCACUUCAACGGCUGGAGGAAGGCAGACAAAAAAGAAAGAUGGUGCAGCAGAAGAGGGUGCAGCAGACGAGGGUGCUGCAGACGAGGGUGCUGCAGACGAGGGUGCAGCAGACGAGGGUGCUGCAGACGAGGGUGCUGCAGACGAGGGUGCUGCAGACGAGGGUGCUGCAGACGAGGGUGCUGCAUACAAAUAA